GCCAGAAGCAAUCAAGUGGAGGGAAGCAAGAGAAGCGGAGAGUCAUUGCUGUAAACUGCAGGCCUUCAGUGAUCAUGGCUUUCCUUAAGCUUGGAAGACUUUGUUUGGUUUCGCUAAUGUUCAUGACUAUGGCAGCACAAUCUGCAGCUGGAUUCAAGAGAAAGAAACGGGAGUGGAUUCUCCCGCCAACGAAACUCAAAGAAAAUGUUGACUACACAAAGCAAGAAUUCAUUUCGAAGAUCAGAUCUGAUAAAGAUUCUGAAGGAAAGCCAUUUCAUUACAGCCUGCGAGGGCAUGGUGCUGACAAGGAGCCUUUUAACCUGUUUGUCGUCAACCCCUUAAACGGCUAUGUGAGAAUCACAGGGAUUCUGGACAGAGAGUCGUUAUCACAAUACAACCUCACUGGGAUUGCUAAGUACAAAGAUGGAAGUCUGGUUGAGGAAGAAAUCCAGCUAAAAAUCCAGGUUGAAGAUGAAAAUGACAAUCCUCCAAAGUUCAAGUUAUUUAAAGGGUCUGUAAGCGAAUGCAGCAAAACAGGAACUCCUGUCAUGCAGAUAACUGCUGAUGAUGCAGAUGCAAAGGACACAAUCAAUGCGAAGAUUGCAUACAGUAUACUGAAGCAAAUUCCAGACAGCUCCGGCAACAUGUUCACCAUUGACAGAGAUACUGGGAAGAUCUAUGUCAAAAAACACACCCUGGACAGGGAGGAGUUUGAUUCAUACACUUUAAUAGUGCAAGGUGUAGAUAUGGAUGGAGCUCCAAAUGGCAACACAGGAACUGGUACAGUGGAAAUUAAAGUUCUGGACAUCAAUGACAAUGUCCCUACUCUUGAAAAAGAUGAGUAUGCUGGUUCUAUAGAUGAAGGUGCAGCUGAUGUGGUUGUGAUGAGAAUCAAAGCUCUGGAUAAAGAUUUGCAGAAUACUGAUAACUGGCUUGCUGUCUUUAACAUUGUCAAGGGUAACGAAGAUGAACUCUUUUCUAUCAAAACAGACCCCAAAACAAAUGAGGGCAUUUUAAAGCUUAUCAAGCCUGUGGAUUAUGAAAAGGUUAAAACGCUGGAUCUUGACUUGGCCAUUUCAAAUGUAGCUCCGUUUAUAAAUGGAACCGCACUGUCUUUGGGCAUCAGUUUCGAUCUGGACAGACCUGGAGGAUCCGGAAUCAGUGCUGGAGCAGGAGCUGGGGCAGGGGCAGGGGCAGGGGUAGGAGUAGACGUAGGUGUAGAUGUAGAAGCAGGGGCUGGAUUAGGGGUUGGAGUGGGUGGGAAUACAGACGUAGAUGCAGGUGUAGAUGUUGAGGUAGGAGCAGGUGCUGGUGUUGGAGUUAAACCUGGUGUCAAACCUGACACUAAGCCUGGAUCUAAACCUAUCAGUUAUCCUAGUGGCAAACGUGGAAUUAAACGUGGUUCUAAACCUGGCAAAAAGCCAUCACCUGGAGGAAAGAGCUAUCCAAUAAAAAUCAGCAUAAACAACCUGCCUGAAGGUCCAGGCUUUUCACCAAAGACGAAGGAGUUGCCUGUGUCAGAGAACCCAGAGGAAAUACACGUUCCCAUGGUCAUUGGUUCCUUUCCUGCCUUGGAUCUUGAUACUGGAGAAAUUGCUGAGAAUGUCAGGUAUGCGAAAGGAUAUGAUCCAGACAACUGGCUAUCCAUUGAUGAGGAGACAUCAGAAAUUAAACUGAUGAAGAUACCAGAUCGAGAGUCAAAGUCUCUGGUUAAUGGAUCGUACAUCGCAAAGAUACUCUGCAUGACACAAGAUGUGCCACCCAAGACAGCUACCGGAACAAUAUCUCUAAAGGUGCAGGAUUCCAAUGACCAGUGUCCUACACUGACCAGCACCUACCAGAGUACCUGCUCUCAUAAUACUGUAGUAAACGUGACUGCGUUUGAUGAGGAUGCCUUUCCCAAUGGAGUGCCUUAUAAAUUUGUUCUGAUAGAGGAGGAGACUCGCGGAAAAUGGGAGAUGCUUCCAGUAAACGAAACAACAGUGAGCUUCCAUGCUAAGGAGCUUCUGUGGCCAGGAUUUUACCAGCUCAGUUUGGAGAUUUUCGACAAGCAGGGUCUUGCCUGUAAAGACAAACAAAAACUUCAAUUAGAGGUUUGUACUUGUGAAGGCAGCAACAUCUGUGAGGUCAAACUAGCCCAUCAACGUGAUACUUCAGCCAAAGUGGGGUUUCCUGCCAUUGGAGCCGUUAUUGCAGCACUGAUUCUGCUCAUGUUGAUUCCGUUGUUGCUGUUAUUCUGCCAGUGUGGGACAUUCUGGGAAUUCUCAGAGAUGCCUUUUGAUACAAAAGAAUAUCUUAUGGAAUACCACACUGAAGGCAAUGGGGAAGACAAGUUGUUGCCUCUGAUGUUUGCUCCUAUUGCGGCAGAACAACAAACAGCAGCAGCACUUUGUAGCUCAGCCAACAAUGCCGCCAUGGUGCAAAGUGCACAGGCCUUUGACACCAUGGCGUUCAAUAAGGAGCUAAAUCAAGGGGUCAUGGAGGUUGACAGAAUGUAUGGAUAUCAACACAGCACAGUACAAGCUCAGCACUCCCUCGCCUCUGCCCAGAGAAACAGCUUCCACUCUGCAUCAUUUCGACAAAAAGCCCAUAAUAUUUAUGAAGAUAUUGCACUAGCAGAUAGCUAUCUCUAUGGAUAUUUCUCUCAGAAAGCAAGGUUUUUGGCUGACAGUCCUGCUUUCACUGACAGUCUGUUGGUGUAUAAUGAUGAAGGUCAAUACGCUCCUGUGGACGUAGACUUCGAAAGUGUGCUUGAGGAUGAUAAUGACCUGAGUUUCCUCAAUGACCUGGACGCAACAUUUUUCAAUUUAGCAACUAUCUGCAGUCCUCCAGCACCCAAAUUAGAACAAGACGAACAAAUCGUCAAGUCAGUGGAACCGAGUGUCAAAAGCGAGAGUGCUGUAGCCACUAGUGCAGUUCAGGUGGUGAAAACUGAUCAGCCUCCACCUCAGCAAAGCACGAAAACCGAGGUCACCGAGACAAUCAACUAUCAGAGCACGAACACUAGAGUCACUGAAGCUAUCAAUGAAUCAGGCAUGGUAAAUACUAGUCCAACACUGCUCAUGCAACACCAGCCUUUGUACUGCCUGGUGGAACAUCAGGCACCGAGUGCUGUGAUUCUUGCUGAGGAGCCUGUACAGGGAAUGUACUUAAUAAAUGGGCUUGCAGGAGCUCAGGGGCUAGUUCUCCAGGGUGGAAAUAUACUACAGAACACCAUAGAACAACAGGGGAUGUAUCUUAUUGAUGGGAGGUCUAUGUUACAAGGAAAUAUACUGUUAGGCAACAGUCCAAAUUUUGUCAAUGAAGGUAGCUUAGCUGUUUCCUCAGUGUUAGUUCAGGGAGGGAAAGCCAAGCAACAACUCCAGGAAUCUCCACCUCAAGACGCACAAACAGGGAAACUAAAAGCGGAGGGCAAACUUGAUGUAGAAUCAGGGAAUGUAAAGAACGCCAAGCCUGAAAAGUUGCAGGUCAAAUCAAAGAAAUGAGCUUAUGUACUCUGACUUGCCAGUUUAUUAGAUACACCCUCUUUCUUCACACCAACUGCAGAUAUUCCCAGAAUUUAUAUAUCAAGGAGGCAGGUCGGGUUUUUUCUUACAUCAUCAUUUAGAAUUGAGAGAUCAUUGAAAUGUGAAAACAACUAGCCUUAGCGGUCAUUAUGGAAUUUUUAUGCACAAGCAUUUCAAACAUUUAUUAAGAAAUAACCAGUUGUAUAACAGUGUGUGGUUCAGAUAGGUUGCCAGAUAA